GUUUUAUGAGCCUUUUGUUUAUGGAGACAGACAGCACAAGGGAUGAGAAGAGAAUUCUCAGCAGCCAUGGAGGGGUUACAGCUGCGGCAAGCAUCCAGCAGUCGCAACCUCCUCAAGCUCUCUGUUAUGGAAGUGAAGUGGAUUCAUGUGUUGGCCAUCUUCUUCUUCCUGCUGUCUGUUGCUAUGACAGGCUGCUUCCUGUGGCAGUACAGCCUCCCCAAGGUGGAGCCCAACCCAUCUGUGAUGGAAGUAAGAUCAGAAGCUGUGCAGAUGUGCCCACGCUACCCUGAACCAGUACCACUGGACCACCCAAUCCCCAUUUUGAAGGAUGCAUUGGAGAAGGUAGACAUGAUGCUGCGCCAAAAGAUUCAUAACUCUGGUCUCCCCGCCAUGUCUGCCAUCGUUAUCUACAAUGACACUGUGCUCUGGACGGGCAACUUUGGAAAGAAGAAUGCUUCAGAUCCCUUCUCAGUGGUGCCCAAUGAGUACACUAUUUACAGAAUUGCCAGUGUCUCCAAGAUCUUUCCCACCCUUAUGCUGUACAAGAUGUGGGAGGAAGGGAAAGUCACAUCUCUGGAUGACCCUUUGGAACGUUACGCCCAGAACUUUGCUAUUAAAAACCCUUUGGGAAGAUUCAAGGAAUCAGAACAGAGAUAUACAGCAGAUGGGCUGAUUUUUGUGGAAAAAGGUUCGAUACCACUUAAGCCAUCACCUGUUACCUUGCGCAGAAUGGCCAGCCAGCUCUCAGGUCUCCCGAGGAGGCUGCGAUCUACCAGCUUGCUAUGGAAGGGCAAUACACAAGAAGCUCUGGCUCUCCUGAAGGAUGAUGUCUUGGUGGCUGAUCCUGGAACCAGAUGCCACUACAGCAAUUUGGCCUUCUCACUGAUGGCACACGUGCUAGCUGACCAUGCAGCUGAUGGACAAUACCAGCGAUGGAUCUCGGAGAACAUCCUAGACCGCUUGGGCAUGGAGGACACUGGCUUUGACAUCACACCUCCUAUCCGCUCCCAGAUGGCAGUGGGUUUCUAUGGCAGCCAGCAGCCAGCCCCUCUCUACGACCUUGGCUGGUACAGACCUUCUGGCCAGAUGUACUCUACAGCUGCUGACCUUGCCAAGCUGGCAAUGGUCUUUUUAGGCACCUAUCACCGUCGUCUCUUAGAGCCUGACACAGUGAAGACAAUGCUGACACCUCUGUUUAAGUGCUCCACUGAAUACUUUGCCAACAAGACUGGCACGCCCUGGGAGAUUAAUGAGCAAUUGGGAUAUGAUGUAAUUAGGAAGGAUGGAGACCUUGAUGGCUAUUCAGCUACCUUCUCACUGAUCCCCAAGCUCCGCCUGAGCUUCAUUGUAUUGAUGGCUGGGCCCAGGCCUCAGGGUAGAGAUCUUGUGACCCAAACAUAUGAGUAUCUCAUUACUGCCAUGGAGACUGCGUUCAGAGAGGCAGAGAAAACAUUGACUCCUCCCCCAAAUCCAGUCCCUUUUGUUGGCUAUUAUACCUAUUCCAACCUGACUUUCUACGAGAUCAAAGUUGGACGUGGUGGGGUGCUGGUCAUGCAGCAGUUUGGGCCUCAUGCUGAAGAGCUGAUCCCUGAGAAAUACCGGACAAUCAAGCUCCACCAUCUGGAAGAUCGUGUCUUCCAAGUUGUUUUUGACAAGGAGUUCCCAUGUGUUCUGCAUCUGGGCUCUGCUUCCAUCUCACUGGAGACCCAGAAUGGGCAGCUCUUUAAUUUUUAUCCAUUUGACCGCAAAGGUUUGUCUCCUGGAUUUGAUGCACCGGGGCUGAACACAUACAACGUGGUGCGUGUACUUCGUAAACCUGUCUUCUAUAGCUAAAUGUCCCCUCUCCUUUUCUGACUAUUCCUGGGAGGUGGCUCCAAAUCUGCACCUUUCCAGACUCUCCUUCUAUGUGUCUUUUUGGAUGCCAUUUAAAUGGGAAAGAUACUGGCAAAUGACUAUUAUUUCCAACAAAUAUAUCAUGUCUCGCUUCUAAAAUGACUGCAAUGGCUUGCCCUCUCUGUCACUGCAUGGCAGGUUGGCUAGCAAUGGGGGAUGCCCACAGAAACAAUGAGUAGAAAUGAGGUGGAUGAAUGGUGUUUGGAUGCCAUAACAAAAUCCCAGGUUUUAAGUCUUCACAAUUAAAAUGCCUGUAUAAUGACCAUUGUGGUGAUUGACUGGUACCAUCAAAGGGCUGGGAAGUUCCUGUGUCUCUUUCAGGGUGGUUGAUGAGCCUGCCUCCCAUGACCAAGAUUUUUUCAUUUCAUUUGCUCAAAAAUUAUACCCACGUGAUACCAAGCUCUGCUUGUGAUACCUUGGAAGUGGGAUUCCAUUUCUUUUCUGGUUCACAUCAGGUAAACUAUGAGAAGAGCCAAAAGAAACAUGGUUUUGUCUUGGCUCCAUGGAUUUCUGCAAAAGCUGUGGUCACACUGUGGAUUUUGCAGCACUUAAGUGUAAAAGAUGAAGCAUACUCCUGUGAGCAGGGACAUAUGAACACAUACUGGUUCCAGGUGGAAUCAAGUUUGUUACUAUCUCAGUACAUAGUGUGAGUGUGAUAUUUAAUUGUGUGAGUGAGGUAUUUAAGUACAGGAAUGUGUGGAAAUACGUAUGAGCAUUUGGGGCACAGUAUCUGUGUAGGUAAAUACCUGUUGUGUUUAUGCACUUGAGUGAGGAUGGGAACUGAAAAUGCAUUCCCCUGGGGAGUAGGAUAGAUGCACAUUUAGUAUAGAUGCACCUCUAAGCAUUCUGCAAAGCAACAAAUUCAUUCUCCCUUCUUGCGACCACUCCAUGCCUAGGCAGUCAGGAUGGAUGACGUAUAUUAAUAGCCAAUUAUCAUGUCAUUAAUAGCCAUUAUCAUAUCACUGUGAUGACGAUGGAGUCAGACACCAUGCACCACCGACUGAGGAGUCUUGGGUGCUGCAACACAUCUUCAAGUUCAGGAGAGUGUUCUGAUUGCAGCUCUAAUUGGAGCCUGAAAAAAACAAGCAGAGAGUCAUAGCAAGACAACCUUAAUUUUAGUAGCCUAACUGCAAAGUGUGGUAAUAGCUGUACAGCAUGGAAAUCCUGCAGAAAGUGCAGAAGUUAGGCAUUCUAACACAAUCAAAGACAUUUCAAAGUGUAUAUCCUUCCAUACCAUCACAGGUAUGAGGCUGGGUCCUCUUGCAGGUUGACCUCCUUCUCCUGUUUGUUCAGACUUGGAAGUGGAUGUCUCUUAGAGAGGAUGGGAAAGUAAAUCUCCCUGCAUCUCGUCUCUCUUGUUUAAUUUCAAGUAGAGAUACAACCACUAAAGGCCUAGAAACCCAACUGGCAAAUUUGGUUCCCUGCCUUUUUUCAGACAAUUUCAGUUCCUUGGUAAACAUGGAAUAACGUAAGCCUUGCCUUACAGUCAGUCACGGUUGCUGCUGUAUGGGUUUCCUCUGGACUUUGUAGGUGAUAUCUUGUACAUCCUCAUAUGCUGAAAUAUUUAAUCUGGGCUAUAGAAACAAUACACUCAAUGCAAAUUCUCACUGUAGGCCAGUUAUGUGUGAUUUUGCCCAGAGAUAAGGAUGCAGAUAUGCAAAUAUCCUGUGCAGGAUGCACUGUUGUUGUAUUUCCUGUAGAGAUGCCUAAACUUUGUCUUGGCCUGCCUGAUGUAACAGAGGCUGUUCUUCUUGCUUUGGAACAAAGAGAAAUGAUCACUUACACAUCAGCUACCAUUAAAUGCCUCUGACUGCUUGUAUCAUGCACCCACAAAACUGCCAAGGCAAGUGCCACGUGCUUACAGUGGUGGAAGCAACCACUGGAUUGCUGGAAACAUAUCCCACGUCCCACAGCCCUUCCCAAAACACUAUCCUGGGCCUUGGCAAGCAACUCUUAUGGUGACAUGGCACCCCAGGAGGAACUGAGUCUGACAAUGAGACUCGCUUCUGAAACAGCCUCAUAGACGUAAUUGUAUUGUGCAUCACUUGUUUUGUAUAUUCUUUUAUCAUCAUCAUUAUUAUUAUUUUCCCUCCUUUUUCUGUCCUAUUAAACAACCUUUGUCUAAACCCAUGAGUUUUAUCUUUUUUUUUCCAGUUUUCUCUCCUGUCCUACUGUGGGGGGUUGAGGGAAUGUCUGUGCGA